UAAUAAACGGAACAGUGUUCUAUAGCCCUGAGGUGAACCAUCUGAGCCGGCUUCCGUUGGCGCUUCGGCUGAAUUGGGUUUCGCGGAGUAUCUGAGGCAUUGUUCUUGAUUUCGUCGAAUGUGAAGGAAGUGGCAGAGCUCACAGCUGCUUACGUAGACUGACCAGAGUCCGUAGGUGAAAUGGCUGUGGCAGAGAAGCACAGUUUUGGCUUGGAGCCAAUAACCACCCAUGCCUGGAACUCCACCAGAGACAAGGUGGCGCUGUCGCCCAACAGCAAGGACGUGCUCAUCUAUGGCCGCACGGGCACCGAGUGGCGCCAGCAGGCCAUGCUGGACCAGCACGACCUGCGCGUCACGGGCAUCGACUGGGCGCCCAAGUCCAACCGGAUCGUGACGUGCGCCGCUGACAGGAACGCAUACGUGUGGACGCAGGAGGCGGGCGGCAAAUGGCGACCGACGCUGGUGCUACUCCGGAUUAACCGCGCCGCCACCUGCGUCAAGUGGUCCCCGGAAGAGAACAAGUUCGCGGUAGGCUCGGGUGCGCGCCUCAUCUCGGUGUGCUACUUCGAGCAAGAGAACGACUGGUGGGUAAGCAAGCACAUCAAGAAGCCGAUCCGCUCGACCAUCACCAGCCUGGACUGGCACCCCAACAACGUGCUGCUGGCGGCCGGCAGCACCGACUUCAAGGUGCGCGUGUUCUCCGCCUACAUCAAGGACAUCGAAGGCAAGCCGAGCGCCACCUGCUGGGGCGCUAAGAUGCCGCUCGGCCAGCUGCUGGCCGAAGUGAGCGCCUCGUCGGCCGGCGGCGGCGGCUGGGUGCACGACGUCCAGUUCUCCGCCGACGGCCAGCUACUGGCCUGGUGCGGCCACGACGCCUCCGUCAGCGUGAUGGACGGCGCCGACGCCAACCGGGUGAUGACGCUGCGGACGGACCAGCUGCCGUACCGCAGUCUGAGCUGGGUCGGCCCCGCCGCCCUGGUGGCCGCCGGCUACAGCUGCUGCCCCAUGCUGUAUGUCAUCGACGGCGGCGCCAUCCGGCUGGCCGCCAAGCUGGACCAGUCCCAGAAGAAGGAGGGCGGUGGCGUCAGCGCCAUGCGGAAGUUCCAGUCGCUGGACAAGCAGUCCCGCUCGGAGGCUGACGACACGGCUCUGGCAACGCUGCACCAAAACUCCAUCUGCACCACGCGUAUCGUGGAGGGCGACCGGACCGCCGCCCGUCGCGUCAGCACCAGCGGCGCCGACGGCCUGCUCGUCAUCUGGGAUGUCCAGCCUCUGCAGUCGUCCAUGGCCGGACUGAAGAUCAAGUAAGAUGAAACAGUGGAUGCGGGACCAGGCGUAUUCGUGAAGGGGCUCGCGAGGCCGAACGGCCCAAGCACAGAACCAUUACUCCACAUCAUGGCCGCCACACUGCGAUAGGCGCCGUCUACGUUCUACACGACCAUCUCCGCUUAAUUUUUGCAUAUGUAUUCAAAGACAACGCAAACCGACUGGCGAACCACGCUGUCGGUUGGAUACCGGUGCUUUUGGUCCGAUGGCUAUCUCUGGGCACCGGGCCGUUCGCUCGGGCGUUCAGAAUUUCCCCCCAGUGCCGCGAGAUUGCUGAUGGCCAAGGCUGCCUAACGGUGCAUUCCCAGACGGAUGUGCUUGUGGUGCAAAACUAAAAAUAUAUGUCAAUUUGCCUCGGCA